GGGGUAGUUAUUUCCCUUUGAUAAAAUACGUCAUACGUACAAAAGUGCACAAGUAAUUUUGUCGAAUAGUUUGUGACUUUAUCUUUUGAAUUAUUAUUGUACAGUAAAGAAAAGGGGUUUAAGAGUUGCUCCUCGGAUUUUGUCACGUUCCGAAAAUCACAUUUUUUUCGCAGUUCAUAUGGGCAGUAACGGUUCCCGAUUAAUAUAUUCAUAAAACUGGUGUCCGGGCAUUACUAUCAAGCAUGCUAAAUUUGACUUUCUACAAACCCCUAUUUCGGCCUCGCUAAUUCCCCCGCGAACGUGACUUCAUCGGAAAAACACUUAACUGGUAAAUACUAAGAUCUAUGAGGACGGUAGAUGGAUUUCAACUUUUAAUAAUUCAUUGAUAUUAAAGGCAAAGUUGAAUAAUACAUGAAGACUUACUACACUACAUGUAUAAUGGUAUAUAUAGUUUUGCUAUGAAACACAGAACAAAAGAAGGGUCUAAACUAAGGGAAAAACUACUUUAAAGGAGUGCAAGAAGCUACAAGAGUGACGAGAAUCUUAAUACAGAAAACUUUUGACAAUACAUACAGGAGAGAAAUGUUUGAACCUAAGGAUGAUAUUCAAGCAGAAAUAACUGAAGAUAUAAAAAUGCAAAAAGCAAAGAAAAACUUUAAAUGUGAUGCUUGUGAUUUUUCAUCUAAAUCAAAUAGUAGACUGAAGAUUCACAUGAGAAUUCAUACAGGAGAGAAACCUUUUAAAUGUAAUGUUUGUGAUUAUGUAGGUAGUGAAAGAAGUCUUUUGAGGAGACACAUGAGAAUACAUACAGGAGAAAAGCCCUUUAAAUGUAAUCUUUGCAAUUAUGCAGGUAGUCAAAGAAUUCAUUUGAAGAUCCACAUGACUAAACAUACAGGGGAAAAGGACUUUCAAUGCAAUUUUUGUGAUUAUGCAAGUUGCAUAAAGAGUAGUCUGAAGAAACACAUGAGAAAACAUAUGGGAGAGAAGGUAUUUAAAUGUGACCUAUGUGAUUAUAGAUUUAAUACAAAGUGUGACCUGAGGAGACACAUACAGAGAACACAUAUAGGAGAGAAGCCCUUGAAGUGCAAGAUAUGUGAUUAUGCAUGUUUUGAAAGUACUCACCUGGAGAUCCAUAUGAGAAUACAUACUGGAGAAUAUUUCUAUAAAUGUGCAAUUUGCGAUUAUGCAUGUAAUCAGUCCACUAAUCUGAAGAGACAUAUGCUAAAACACACAGGAGUGCCAAGUUUUAAAUGUGAUGUUUGUGAUCAUGCAUUUUACACAAUUUAUGAGCUGAAAUUACACAUGGAAGUACAUAUAGGAGAUAAAUAUAAUUGUGAUAUUUGCGGUUCUGCAUUUAGCUUGAAAGGUAGUCUGACAUCACACAUUGCAACACAUGUAGGGGAGAAACGCCUCAGCUGCGAUUUUUGUAACUAUGUUUGUAUUAAAAGCAGUCAUCUUAAGCAGCAUAUGGCAAUACAUUCUGAAGAGAAGAGCUAUAAAUGUAAUACUUGUGAUUAUUCCUGCAACUCGAGAGCAUAUCUGAAGACACAUAUCAAAAUACAUACAGGAGAGGCAAAGAUCUUUAAAUGUGAUGUUUGUGAUUAUGCAUGUCACCAUCGCAAUAAUCUAAAUAGACAUAUGGCAAUACAUUCAGGAGAGAAACGCUUUAAAUGCAAUAUGUGCGAUUAUGUGUGUAAUGUGAGAAGUUCUAUGAACAGGCAUAAGGCAAUGCAUACAGGAGAAAAACACUUUAAAUGUGAUAAGUGUGAUUGUGCGUAUCACGAUGGCAGUAGUCUGAAGAGGCAUAUGGUAGUACAUACAGGAGAGAAACCUUAUAAAUGUGAUGUUUGUGAUUAUUCAUGUCAUAAAAGGUACGUUCUGAAAAAUCAUAUGAAGAUACAUACAGAAGAAAAAAGCCUUAAGUGUAAUAUGUGUGAGUAUGCAUGUCACAAUAGCAGUAGUCUGAAGAGACAUAUGGCAAUACAUACAGGAGAGAAACGCUUUAAAUGUGGUUUUUGUGAUUAUGCAUGUAUUCAAAAAGAAUCUUUGAUCAGGCAUGUGAAACUGCAUACUGAAAAAGAAUGUAAAUGACAUUUUUGCGCUUAUAAAUGUACUUUAAGCAGUUACCUUUAAAUACAUAUGAAAAAACAUAAAAGGAAGACAAUCUUUAAAUGUGAAGUAUGUGACUGUGAUUUUACAACAACGUUUUGUGUUAAAAUGUUUUAUUUUCCUUUUGUAAACUAAUUAUUAAAUAUUAUACAUGAAUGAUUUCUGCAAUAAACCCUACAAAAAGACCAUUUAUUAAUAAAAUAAGGGUGUAUUUCGGUUAUGGAUUCCCGUGCGGUCGCCGAACUUCAAUCUCGUAUAAAAUCAUUUUGUGUUAA